AUGGCUGCAUCAUCUUCCGCGGACGUAUUUGCAUACAUUGUUGCAAUCUUCAUCCCUCCUCUGGCCGUCUUCUUGAAGACUGCAUGUGGAGUCGACUUUCUUAUCAAUAUCUGCUUGACCAUCCUUGGUUGGAUUCCAGGUGUUAUCCAUGCCUGGUAUGUUAUCUCAAAACAUGACCCAGCGAAAUAUGCUCCAUAAGAAAGGGGUAUUAUAGGGGGGAAUGCUAGUGACGAUUGGUGAUGAUACCUUGGGAGUGGGUAUAUCUAGGAGGGUUUGGCGUUCAAGGUUGAAGGGAAUCUCAUCGACGGUUCAUUCUGAGAUGAGGAUGUCCAAGGAGUAAUAUGUUGUUUUUAUACCAUUUAGGAGUUCUUCGAAUUGAUCAAUCAUACCACAAUAAUAAGCAUACUAUACACACUUGUACAUACUCGUACAACCCAUUUGCAUCUUCUCGAAUCUAUACCGCCUUGCUCUCCAACAUGCCCAAAUGAUUGUGUCCAUGCU